AUGGAUCUUCGAAAAGUGAUCAAUGUGUUUCUAGCUUUCGUUGCUAUUAUCCUGUCUUCAUGUGCUACUUCAAAUGCGCAGCUUCAAGUUGGUUUCUAUAAUAGAUCGUGCCCCUUAGCUGAAUCCAUAGUCAAAGAAGAAGUUCUGAAAGCUCUUUAUGAUGAUCCUGGCUUGGCUGCUGGCCUGGUUAGAUUGCAUUUCCAUGAUGCGUUUGUCAGGGGUGCUGAUGGAUCAGUUCUGAUCGAUUCAACAAGCAACAACACAGCAGAAAAAGAUGCACCACCAAACAAUCCAAGUCUCCGAGGAUUUGAAAUCAUCGAUGCAGCGAAAUCCCGGCUUGAGACAGAAUGCAAAGGCAUAGUCUCAUGUGCUGAUAUCCUUGCAUUUGCAGCAAGGGACAGUGUUCUAUAUAGCAUGGGACUACCAUAUGCUGUGCCAUCAGGUAGAAGAGAUGGAAGGGUUUCGUUGGCUUCUGAGGCAAUGUCCAACUUACCACCUCCUUUUUUUAAUAUCACUCAGCUCACACAAAUCUUCAAUGGCAAGGGUUUGUCACAAGAAGAAAUGAUCACUCUAUCAGGAGCACACACAAUUGGACGUUCUCACUGCAGUUCAUUCAGCAACAGGCUCUAUAACUUCAACUCAAUAGUAAGUCAAGAUCCAAGUCUAGAUCCAAGUUAUGCUGAACAACUAAAGACACAAUGCCCAAAUGGGAGCACUAACGCCAGCAUUGUGGUGCCAAUGGAUCCAAACACUCCUACCAAAUUUGACAGUAACUAUUACAAGCUCAUCUUGGCUAACCGUGGCUUAUUCACAUCAGAUCAAACCCUAAUGUCCACUCCAGAAACCAAGAAACAAGUGCAAGUGAAUGCAUAUGUUCCAUUGUAUUUCCAGUUGAAGUUUAGAGAUGCAUUUGUGAAGUUGGGAAAGAUUGGAGUGCUUACUGGAAAUCAGGGAGAGAUCCGUAUCAACUGCAGGGUCAUCAACUCAUGA